AUGGCUGAAGCGAAUGCCGCAGAGGACAGCCUGAAGCUGAUCCAUCUCCAGCGUCUCAAGGCGGAAACCUCACCAGCAAAGCUAGAAGCGGGUUUGGAGUCGGGAAUCCAGCUCUUGGAUGCAAUCAAAGCUGCUUUUUCAGACGCCAGCAGCGUUCCCGAAAUUGCCAAAUGGAUCAAAUCCGUCGAUGACCUUAAGGGACAGACUCACAAACAGAGGACAGUUGUCGGCGUGGUUGGCAGCACCGGUGCAGGCAAAAGCUCCGUGAUCAACGCCGUCUUGGACCAAGAGGACUUGGUUCCCACGAGCAACAUGCGGGCGUGUACCGCUGUAAUCACCGAGAUUGCCUAUAACGAGUCAAAUAACGAGCAAGAGGCCUACCGAGGCGAAGUCCACUUCAUCACCAAAGAGCAGUGGAUCAGAGAGCUUCAAGUCCUCUACGACGACCUGAACGGACUCGGCGGCAACAACAACGCAAGCAGCGAUGACAAUGCAGCAGAGGAGCAGCAGUUUGGCGGCGAGUCCGACGCUGCUUUUGCGCUCGACAAGAUCCGCUGUGUUUACCCUGAGAUGCCCAGAGAAGACAUCAGAAGGCUCAGGUUCACUCCUCAAGGGUUGGCUCAGGACCCAUCGGUGGCUGGUAUUCUCGGAACUGUAAAGGAGAUCACAGCCCCCACAUGCAAGGUCUUCAUGGACCAGCUGAAGAAGUACAUCGAUUCAAAGGAGAAGACACGCGGCAAGAAGAAGGAAGCUCCUCAGAUGGAGUUUUGGCCACUGAUCAAGGUCGUCCGUAUCUUCGUCAAGUCCAGGAUUUUGGAGCCUGGUUUGGUCUUGGUUGAUCUGGUGAUUACACCGAUCACACGAGCGGUAGACAACAAAGCGGCACAGAAGCUUCUCGGGACGUCCUUCAAACGACGAAUGCAAUUCGACGGUACAUACUCGGCGAUGACUGUCAUUUAUUCAAAAGCCGAUAACAUCUCCGUAACUGAAGCGUUGAGAGGUAUACCCGAGGAACACAAAGCUCGCUCGGACUUCGCCAUAGUUCAGCUGCUCGAAAAUAACAGAGUCCAGCUGGAGGAGGAGCUCUUGCCUCUUGAGCAGCGUCUCAAAGAGCUCAAGACGUUGGCGGACUUUCAUGACAACAGCAUCGAGAUUCUGGAAGCUGCACUGGAAAGCGCUGAUGGUGAUGAAGUGGAGGUGACUACACAAUCGCCCGCCACAUCAAAGAGGAAGCCGAGAGCUGCUGCUCUUAAGGCAAGAAAGCGCCUCAGAAAGGAAAAUGAGUCGAGCGCUUCAGAAACCGAAGAUGAUGAUUCGGAAGACGAACUCAACGGCAGCGCAGAUGAGGAGGAAGAGCCUGAGAAGGCGGAACCCAUCUCAAAGGAAGAGGCAGAGAAACGUCUCAAGGAGCUGAAGGCCGAGAAAAAAGCCUUCAAAGAAGAACGGCGGGAUCUUGAGAAAAAGGCCAGAGUUCUGAGGAAGAGCGCCAAGGAAACACGGCGGGAGUUGAAGAGAAUGAAGGACUCUAUGAAGAGUGCUUGCAUUCAGUACCGGAACGAGCACUCGCGGCCGGUUAUCCAGCACCAAUUUGCUGAAGGCGUUCGCGAGCUUGAUCAAGAAAAUGCAGCACUUGAGGACGAGGAGGGGUAUGAUCCCACUCACGAGGUAAGGGAUUACAGAGAGCUGGCUGCGCGUUUGCCGGUGUUCUGCGUCUCUAGCCGGGCCUACCAAAAGAUGUCUGGCAAGCUCGACAAGGACGAGCCGACGACUGGAUUCCUCACUCUCGAGGAGACCGAGAUCCCGGCGCUUCAACGUCAUGCUCUGGACAUUGUCUCAGAGACACGCUCAGCUGGCUGCCGGAAGUUCCUGACGGCCUUUUCCAGCUUCAUCACGUCUCUUGAGGUUCAGAUUGUCAUUGCGGAAAAGCCACUCAAGUUGGCCGACAACUUGAGGGAGGAAGAGCUCGGUUUCCUGAAGGGAACCUUGGACAAGCUUCGUAAGAGCUUCUACCUCAAGCUGGACGAGGCGUUCACGGAUUUCAAGAAAACGCUGGAAUCCAGGAUCAUCAAGGCCCUCAAGUCUGCAGUGCGCCGUGCAGCGAACAGUGCGACGGAUAUUGUUGAGGGCUGGGGAAAGCGAAAGGACGAAGGUGGUAUUCCGUAUGGAACAUACCGCGCAACCUGCUCAAGGCGUGGUGUCUUCAAGGGUUCUGUUGGACCGAGAGACUUCAAUUCUGAGCUUCUCGAACCUUUUAAACAAAAGAUCGCUCCCACGUGGGAGCAGGUCUUCACUCGGACUCUCCCCCAAGGAAUCGAUGCCUUGGGGCAGGACCUGUCCAGCCUCCUGGAGGACUUCCAAGGCCAGAUGCAUGAGCGUCCGCAGUUGAGAGAUUCAUCAUCGUAUGAGCUCGUGCGCGAGCAGGUCAAGACGAUGGGGGCUAUUCUGCGCGAGACUGCCCCUUUUAAAUGUCAGUGCCGGGCUGGUCAAAAAGAGGCAAAUCGCUUAUUUAAACCGGCAAUCGAGGAAGCAAUGAAAGUCGCAUACGAGAAGUGCGUCGCAGAAAGAGGACUUGGCUCCUACAAGCGUAUGAAGGACAAUAUGCGCGAGCACAUCGAUCUUGUUCGUAAGGCGAUGUUCAAUGCCGGCACUGAGGCUGUUAACAAGCGCCUCAACGACAUGCUCGACGUGCUCCGCUCGGCUUUCGAAGAGCAUGUCGAUCACGUCGUCGCUCAAGUCUCCGAUGACUACAAAUCCAUUGUUCUGGAUAGAAACAUCUUCAAAGCUCUUGCAUCUGCUCGCGAGGUCGUCAAAGAACUGCUUCACAACGCCGACAACCGUUUCAAGGCCGUUCUCGAGCCUCUCGCCGAAGCUACCCCCCCUAAGCCCGAGGACGUGGUCAUGGGAGGUAUGGAUAACCGUCCGCCUCUCGCUUUUGCUCACGCUCCAGUCACACCCAAACCUCCGAGAACGCUUCCCUUCAGGAGGGCUCGUCUAUGCCACCGACGCCGCCAGUUUGCCGGAGUACUCGCUGGCCUGUCGUUGUGGUCACCGGCGCCAUCGGUUGCCCCUGGUACUCCGGCAACUCCUUCCAUCAAGACUGAGAAUGUCGACUUCAGUCUGAGACCGACAUCUGUCUCUCGUCGUCCGUAA